AUGCUACAAGGGUUUAAGAGCGCUCCAAAUACGUUUAAUCGGAUGGUGACACAAGUACUUCGCCCACUUCGCGAUUUUGCACCAAGCUACUUUGACGACAUUUUCGUUCACAGUCGCGCUGAGGAAAAGCUCAGCGCUACGGAGGUACACCUUCGACACUUGAAGCAGGAGUUUCAAGUUAUGCGCGAGAAUAAAUUGUAUGCGAAUUUGAAGAAAUGUGUCUUCUGCGCUCCCGAGAUUCCAGUACUCGGUUGCUACGUCAGCAAGGAAGGUGUCCGCGCUGAUCCUGAGAAGAUCUCAUCGAUCUGUUCCUGGCCAACGCCCAGAAACCAAACUGAAUUACGUCAAUGGAUCGGUCUGGCGAAUUAA